AUGGGCUCCGCCUCCUUCCUCGGUCACUCCAGCUUGCCCUCUGGCCUCUGGAUCCCCACCUACAUCUCAGGCGAUCAUCUCUAUGGCUCCGUCGAGGCCACCUGCAUCCUCCGCAUCGCUCCACCUCCUUGGCUCACUGUCUGCGCUGUGGGCUCCACUUCCAAUGCUGUUGUCACCUCCAGUUGUCCCCAUGGCGUUGUGUGUUCCCAUCACAACUUGGCUCCUCCCUCCUGCGAUGCUGCCAUGGAGCGCAGUCCUAGCUGUGGCCUGUGUCUCCACCUACCCUCUCCUGCUCAAGGCUCCUCCAUGGACUUCACCACCAUCACUUCCCUGGCUUUCACCUCUGUCUACACUGCCCUGGACCCUUCCGUUCUGUCUUCUCUUGGAGUUGCUAUAGUGAUGUCAGUCAGAAUGGCCCCUCCUCUUCCUCUGAUCUUUCUGAUCAUGAUUCACGAUCUUCAGGUGGAGGCUCCUGAGAGAGUGACAGAGGGUCAUAAUGUCAGUCUGACAUGUAAAAGCAGCUGCACUCUGACUGACAGAGCAACAUUCAUCUGGUACAGAAACUCACAGCCAUUAACUGAGAGAAGAGACGGAAACAAUCAACUCCUGCUGCAGUCAGUCAGAAGAGAGGAUGCAGGCAGAUACAGCUGUGCUCUACAUGGACACAGUUACAUCUCUCCUGCUGCUCAUCUCAAUGUCACGUAUCCUCCAAAGAAUGUCUCAGUGUCCAUAACUGGAUCUGGUGAAAUAGUGGAGGGAGAUUCAGUGACUCUGAUCUGCAGCAGUGAUGCAAACCCUCCUGCUCUGAACUUCAGCUGGUUUAAGGAGAAUCAAAGCUCAGCUGUUGGAUCUGGACAGAGUUUCAGUGCACUACAGAGUGGACGCUUCUACUGUGAGGCUCACAAUCAACAUGGAUCUCAGAGAUCAGAUGCUGUUACUGUCACAGUUCAUCCUGGUGCUGAUAGGAAUGUGAUUGUGAUCGCAGCAACAUCUGGAGGAUUAUUCAUCAUCAUCAUCAUCAUCAUCAUAAUCAUAUGGUUUAUAAUGAGGAAACAAAGGAGUGUUAAAACUGAAGAUCUCACAGUCAGACAGAAUGAUCUUUAUGCUGAUGUGUCACAGAGAGUUUCAGUUCAUGACGAGUCUCUUACUAAACCUGAUACAGUCAAUGACGCUCCGUAUGCCAGUGUGGAACCCAGCAGCUUCAGAGGAGAAACUCCUGAAUCCAGAGAUACUGAGGAGAUCCAGUACACAACUGUCCAGUAUCACCAAAAGAAAGAGAUGAACAUACCGGAAUACAAUGAAUGUCAGUAUGACGAAAUAAGAGUUCAUCAGCCCGAUGCUGCCGAGAGGCAAUCAAAUGUUCAAACUGUGGAAGAUGCAUCUGUGAUCUACAGCACCCUCAAAUGAAUGAUACAGACCAGCGAACACAAAGCCUGUGCUCGACUGUUUAAUGAGUGAUUGUUGGAUAAUUGUACAGUUGUGGAAUAAUUUACUCAUCUGUUCAAACCACAACCACUAUAAACAUG